AUGAGCGCAUUUGACACGGCACCGCUGGUAGUAACGCCAGCAAGGCACCAGAGCCAAGACAUUCCGUUCUCAGAGUGGGUUACUCUCCUCACUCUGUGUUUGGCACCUCUCAUUGCGCACGUCGUGGUUGGCACCCCUUCGCCAUCCUAUCUUUGCACCAGUCGGCCGAAAUGGCACGAGCGGAUAUGCCACUACAACCCGACAUCUAUUCUCUGGCGCUACGCUGCAAUCACAGAUCGACGCAUCCGAGCCAGGUCCUGGAAUAGGGCUGAUCUCGCCGCCACAAAUGCCCUGUUUUGGACCCCGCGCGGAUGGGAUGGUUCAGAAGCCAUGUCCAACAGCCUCCUAUACUGCACCCAUCUCCCAGAGCACUCGAGAGUUUCCGUCUUCUCGCGGGAAACUAUCAAGACUCUUAUUGUCACUUUUCAGGGAAUCCAGGCUAUAGUUCUCUUGUCGGGUGUCUUCGUCGCUGGAUCUGAUGUCCACUUUACCAUCUGGAUGGCGGUCGAUAUCAUAUUCUUCCCGUUGGCUCUCAUCGGCCUGCUGAGACUUUGUUGUGCCCUUUGGCUGAAUGAAGAUUUUUCAUACUCCCAUUCCUACGCAGUCCCUUUGAAUCCUCGGUCAGCGGGUUCCGACCGGGGCAGGUCAUCAUUUGACAGCUUACUGGAAAUUUCUGCAAUGCCUCAACAGGGUCAAUUCCGAGAUAGGUCGUUUUGGCCCAGCAGACUGUUCCGCGCGGUGUUUCUUCUCUAUACACUCGGAAUGCCGACUUUUGCCGUGUUAUUUUUGGUACGUGGGGGCCAACACAUAGCGACGAGCUUUGUCGUGAUGCUGUUUUUUCUACUACACGUCGCCGCGACGACGUUCAUCUUGAUGUUUUACUUUUUUCGGGGCCUUACCACCACGACUCUCAUACCUUGCAUCACAGCGACUUUGUAUAAACUAUACACCGCAAUCCUGAUUGGACUCGCGGUUGCGGUCAUCGUUGUCGCCUGCGUCGAGACCCGAAGGACGCCGUGCGGCAAGUACACCAGUGGCUAUGGUGCUCUGGCAGACCUCAUAUCAUGCCGGGGUUCCGCUACGAAAGCUCUAGCGCGGCAGCAUUCGACUGUCGUGUCACUGUUGAUGCACUACGCUCAGAACGACAUAAUUCCAAGGAACUUCGAGGUGGGUCUCAAAGACGGGAAGAACUAUGACAGGGAUCCCCCGGACGGAGUUUUAAAAUUCGAAGCCAGGAUUUUAAUCUAUCUAAUUUGAUGCAGGAUUGUCACGAGAGUGCAUUUACUCCCCUUGGUACCGGCAGACCUUCAAGAAGCAUUAGCCCCAAGUAUCAACUCGCACGCCGGAGCUUAGUCACACCUUAACAUCAAGACGCUUCUCAAGCGAACCCCCGUCCUCCAAAUCUUAGAGUUCACACAGGCAGGCUACGUCGGGGAUUCAAGAGGCGCAGGCUCAGUGCCCGGCAAGACGGCUCCAAAAUAAAUGGAAUGCAGCAAGGAUAUUAAAUUUGAUUAGUACCAUAUUUCGAGCGUCACCCUGACGGAAGUAUUCAAGAACAUUGGCGGUGAAGAGUAUCAGGAUAACAAUAGCCGGUCCUGUCGUGAGGAUUCUCUGGGGAAGAUUUUGGGAAGCGCGUCCAGGGCGAGGUAACUGAGUGGUCUCCAUAGAGCCUCGAAAUGAAGAAAUUUGUUGUUGAUUGAGGAAGUCUAUAUGAUUGGAUAAAGAAUCGUGAAG